GCUCGAGUCCCACAUAAAACGGUCGUAUCAUUCCCGCGAACUUCGAUAACAUCCUAGCACACAACCAUCAUCUGCACUCAUAUCAACCAUGGCACACGGUUCUCAGAACGGCGUGUCCCGAAUGAACUGUCAUCCUGAAUACUAUCUUAAAGAUGGUAAUAUCACCUUCCACGUUGAAGGCACUCUAUUUCGUGUCCACCGACACUUCUUUGAGCGCGAAUCGCAAUUUUUCAUUCAGGAAUUUGCAAAAACACCCCAGGGGGGAACUUCCGAUACCAGCGCGUUUCGACUCGAUGAAGUAACCGCCGCCGACUUUACGAAAUUCUUAUGGGUCUGGUAUAGUCCCUUGUACAGACGCGGAAGCCUGACUGAACCAAAAGAGCAUUGGCUCACCAUACUGGAGCUCUCGACAAAGUGGCAAUUCCUAGAUAUGCAGAAGCUUGCCAUCGAUGAGCUCGAGAAGCUCAAUAUAGAACCCAUUGAGAAAAUCACCACGUACGACAAACACAAGAUCGACAAAUUGCUUCUGUUGCCUGCAUACAAACUCCUGUGCAAGCGGACGACCCGAAUAACCGAUGAGGAGGGUGAGAAACUCAAAGUACCCACCCUCCUCAGGAUAUUCGAGGCCCGUGACCGUGCGAGGAGCGCAGCGGAGGGCAGGCACCUGUCCUCCGCUGAUGCAGACAAGGAGUUGGAGAGGAUUUUGAUUGAAGUGUUCGCACUCAACAGUCAUGCUACUAAUCAACAGGGUGCGCAGUCGCAGACAAAAUCAGACCCAGACCCGAAUUCGAAACCGAAUCCGAAUGGGAAUGGAGCUGCCAAUGGCCAUAAGCCGUCUGGAUCAGGUUCCUCUACCCAGAAUGAUAAGCAGCAGCAGAAAGAUGCGGACAAAACCAAAGGCACGGUAUGUUAUUCAGUUUACUAAACGUACUUCACUGACGCUUAAGGCAUGAAGGCAAAGCCGAGAUGAGCGAGAAGCGGACGGAAGGCGGAGAUCGCUCCACUGCGUUCUCGAUUCUUGCUAUAGAUAGGAAAGUGGAGCGCGUUCUGCUCAGUUUGUAUCUUCCAACAUUCAUCCAAUCUGUCAUAACAGCAAUAUUCGCGUAAAUUGUUAUCUUUGUAUGAUAUCAGUGUCUUGAUUAGCCUAUGUAGUUUGAAAUUAUACACUGUCCAACGCUUAAAGCUUGAA